AUGCAAUCGCAUAUUGAGCAAUCAGGAAAGAUGUUAGCUUUAAGAGAAUUAUUGAAUGAAUGUCAAAUUGGAGAACGUUUCAGCGAAUUUGAUGUUAACUAUUCUCGUAACAAAGGAUUAGAGCACGAGCAAAAACUUGAACAAGUAUCUAGCGCAACCUGUUAUGAAUCACAAAAUUUUCUUUCUAAUACAACACACAAAGCUCUUAUUUUCUGUCAAUGGCGUGCAACCAUUGAGUUAAUUUCACAUUUUUUGAAUCAUGGGGAAUUUGGUAGUGGAAUUAACUUUCUUGUUUUGGAUGGGCAAACACCUCCAUCUCAGCGACAGUCAAUUGUGGACCGCUUUAAUACCGAUCCAAACGUGCAACUGCUAUUACUUACUACACAUGUUGGUGGAAUUGGUCUAAACCUGACUGGAGCUGAUGUCGUUAUAUUUAUGGACCAUGACUGGAAUCCAUUCCGCGAUCUACAAGCGAUAGACAGGGCUCACCGACUUGGGCAAAAGCGGACGGUUAAUGUACUUAUUACGCUUGGGACUGUUGAAGAAAAGGUUAUGAGGCUACAAAAAUUCAAAACGGACACUGCAAACGCCCUCAUUGGUGUGGAAAAUCGUUCACUUUCUUCAAUGGCAACUGAUGAUUUAUUGGAGCUAUUUUCAUUAAAGAACCCUGGAACGAAUUUAGACGUAAAUGCAAAAUUAAGUAACACAAAGAAAAAAAGUAGAAUGAAUUCAAAUGCAAGUUGCUCAUCUGAAAAUGGUGUUUGGGCAGUUGAUGAGCUUUGGGGGAAUCAAAAAGAAGAGGAAGAUACUGAAUUCGAACAAUAUAUUGAACAACACUCUGUUAAAAAAUUCCUUUACUCAAACACCUAGC